AUGGGACUGAUUGGUUGCCGGACAACUUAUAUGAGCAUCAGGUUAUUCACGGCCCAACAAGCAGCAGUCGCCCUCAGGCCCUUCUACUUUCUCGUCCAUCCAGAUCGCUACGCUCAUUCUCCAGAAGUCCAGAAGAAGAACGAAAAAAGCUUGCAAGUGAGUUCAAAAUGUCUUUAAUUUCCAGAAAACCGCUUUUGAGACAGAAUUCAUCCACGAAACCUGUCAUUAUGUAAAAAACAUUUUUGUCCAGAAAAUUUGUCAUUGUGACUAUUUUCUUAUAAUUUUUGCUUUUGAUUUACAGAUUUUUGAGGAAAAGUGAAAUCAAAAAGUCUUUCACUAAAUUAGAGACAAAAAGUGUUUUUUGUUAGAAGACUUUUUGAAGACUAUGUAGGUUAAGGUUGACGGUAAAUUAUUUUAUGUUCUUUUAGGUAUUCAACGGGUAUCUCAACGAACUCUUUCCUCAGCCAAGGUCCCAGCGUCCAGUACAAGUUCGUUUUUCUAUUUUUAGGGACGAUAAACUAAAGGAUGUGACUUUAGAUCUGUCAGGAGACGAUCCCGUCUCGAUUGUAAAGUAAGUUUUUGAUCUUCAUUGUUUUAUUUUUAGGCACUUCUUUCUUGAUACUUUAAACAAGUAUUAUCGUACUAUUCUUGUUGAUGCUUGUAAUGUUUAGAAAUGCGUUGGAAAGAUGUAAUUUGAGCACUGAAAACCUACCAAAGGUACCAACAAUACCUAGGUCUUAUACUUCUCCGUUUACCACAGAAGAUUUGUUGAAUAACCUACAUCAACGAGAGUUGAAAAGGAAGAAGAGACAUCAGAAGUCACUAUUACAAUACAUUAUUAUGAAAAGAAACGAAGCAAAUGCAAAAGGAGUAAACUAUCAGAAGACCAAAGAGUUCAUCAACGAUGAGAUUCUGUAUGUUCAGCAGAAGACUGGAGCUAAAGAGGUAAGGAGUCCUGUAUAUUUGGUGGAUAAUUGUUUGACAACUGAAAGAAUGCGUAUUUCUAUAAAUUAUAUUGAAUUAAUAACAUUCUGUGUUUUAUGUCAUUAAGUUACUUGUACUGCAGAGUUUACUAUGAUUAUAUUUGUUUUGCUUUAGAUAGUCUGGUCGAUGAAUUGGGAUCAAACAUACAUGAGAAGAUGUCUUAUCAAUGUAUUACACAUGCUGAAGCACACGGAAAACCGCGAACGGGUAAUUUUGGCACUUAACAAUCACACCUUAAUGUAGGUUUGUCAUUUUUCUGUGAUGGUAUCUUGUCUUAAUAGUAUAUUUUGUUACUAUAAUCAUUAUCAUUUUUUAAACUUUAAUAAUGGUUCCAGUUUUGGACGUGGAUCUUUCGUAUGUUGUGACGGAUCCAUUCAAUUUGGAGCGGAUGAUGUUCCAGAAACCUGGCUCAACGUAUGCAGAGAAUCUACAGUAAGACGCUUCGAAGUCGCGAACUUGAUCAGAUUACUGAACCGCAUCAAAGAACUGUUAGGUGGAGCUGAGAUCGUCCACGAUCCCAGAGGCAAUCUUCUCCAAACUACUCAUCAACUACAGUCAUUGAUAGUAAGGAUAUCAUCCAGACCUAAGAGCGAGAUGGCAGAGCUACAGCAACUUGCACGAGACCUUCAGAUAGAAGUCUGUAACUCGUACAGUGAAAUCAACUUGCGACCAGAUGGCCGACUUCAAGUUCCAUCUAUUGUUGACGGUAAGCUACUGCUAGACUACAUCAAGGAGAACAAGGAAGAGUCUCUGAGACGACGAAAAGGCUUCAGAAAUGUACAGGUAAGACUUAUAUUAAGGUAUGUAAUUCUGUUUUAGAACGAGAUUGAUAACGCCGUCCGUCGAUGCAUAAUGUCACUACAGUUGAGUGAUUUGUCAUACGAUCCGGGUAUACCAGAACAACGUCUAUUACAUGCCAUAGAGCAAAUAGCAAGUCUGGAAGAUAAAGAACAACUCGAAGGCCUUCACUUACACAUAUCACACAGUCCCAAUGUUUUUGUUAUGCCAAAUGGGGCCAUAUCAGUGCCUUUGCCUUGA